GAAGACCAUUGCAUCUAUAUAAAAAAGCCUGAUGGAAUGUUUGUAAUUCUUUCUCUUUACGUGGAUGAUAUUUUAUUCGUCGAAAAUAAUUUAGAAUAUGUAAAAACUGUUAAGUCAUGGCUUUCAAAGUCAUUUGAUAUGAAUGACAUAGGUGAAGCAGACUAUAUAUUGGGUGUUAAGAUCUAAAGAGAUCUUUCUAAGAAAUUCUUGAGUUAUCUCAAGAAACAUACAUAAAUAAAAUAUUGAAACACUUUCGAAUGAAUAGUUGCAAGCUUAUGGAUACUCCUGUAGCAAGAGGUGAAACUUUAAGCCUAGAAAUGUGUCCAAAGACUAAAAAAGAAAAGAAAAACAUGUCUCGAGUUUCAUAUUCAAGUGCUAUCGGGAGUUUGAUGUAUAUAAUGUGUACUUGCCCAGAUAUUUCUUAUGCCGUGAGUCUGGUUAGCAGGUAUCAGUCUAAUCCUGGAAGAGACCAUUGGAAAGCAGUGGAGAAAAUAUUCCGAUAUCUGAAGGGAACUGUAGAUUAUUCACUGUGCUAUAGUGGAUCUGAUUUAUUCCUGAGAGGUUACGCAGAUGUUGUUUGGGCUGGAGAUCGGAAUGAUAGAAAAUCAACCUCUGAUUAUGCUUUCUUACUUAAUAGUGGUGCUAUUUCAUGGAAAAGUAAGAAACAAACUUGCACAACUCUUUCAAUCAUGGAAUCUGAAUUCGUAGCUUGUGCAUCUGCAGUACAAGAAGCUGUUUGGUUAAAGAGACUAUUUGAGCAUUUAAAUAUUGCAAAGAAUUCUAAGGGUCCCUUGAUUUUAAAUUGCGAUGGUCAUGUGGCUAUCUCAUAUACAAAUGAUCCUAAAUAUCACAGCAAAACCAAACGCAUUGACAUCAAGUAUAACUUUGUGAGAGAUAUAGUAGUAAGUGGAGAAAUAAAUUUACAAUAUAUUCCUACUCGUGAAAUGAUAGCUGAUCCUUUUACAAAAGCGAUAUCCAGAGACUUGUUUGAGAAACAUGUUGAGGCUUUAGGUUUGCGUAGAAUAUAAUAAUAUUUAUUUAUUAUAAAACAACUUAGUUGUUAUAAUAUUCUCAUCAAUAUGGACUAUUGAAUUUAUAUUCAUAUCUUAUAUAUAUGUGAUAAUGUUAUUUGAAAUAAAGUGUGUUGGACAAGUCGCGAGAUGGCUCUCUCACAUAAGCAAUCGUCUCUUACAUCAGAGAAUGUGAAGAAAUAUUUUUUACUACCAUGAUAUGACUUGCUUUAUAUACCAGAUAAGAGUCUCUCUAAAAAAAUAAAUUUGAGGAUCAUUGAAGAGAGAAACUCGGGGUUAGACAUCUAGAGGUGUUUAGAUCAAGGUCUGUACGAUGUUGGAUAAUUAAAAUAAUGAAAAAAUGCACCAGUAUAAGGUGAAAACAUCGUGGCACGUGUUUUCAUACCACGCGUAUUAAGUGAUCAAUGGGUUAAUGAAAGAAUGGUUCCUUGCUUCUUCAUUGUGUGAGAUCCCGAAAAGUUCAAUGAACUUUUCAUUAGAAUACCCUUUGACCUUUUACUGUUUCUUGAAGUUUCGAUUGGUGUUAUUAAGAGUUAUUAAGAAGAAAUAGCAGGGUGACAGGGUAAGGGGGUGGGGGGGGUUGAGAACCUGAAAAGCCUUUUCAUUCGUCUCAUGCUUUGGUUCUUCCAUAGUUUUGAUCACACAGUGAUGUUCUGGAUCUGCACAUAAGUGUCGUUAAUUUGCCUGGUUGGAUGCCAUAUGCAUUUUCUUCUACUUUUUACUUUUGUACGCCCUUUCGCAGUGCUAGAAAACAGCAGCAAUAUUCUUGAGAUUGAUAUUUCUAGUUAUUGGGCUGUUCUCAUGGACAGGAUCAAAGUUCAUUUGGACAUUGAUACUUCUACGUUCUUUCCAUAUUAGUUUUCCAUUCACCUGUUCUAUUUAUCCUUAGUAGUUUUAUCAUUGAACUAGAUAAUUUUGGUGCUGGUAAGUCCUUUCCACUUUAUCAUGUUCCCCCAAAAAAGUUUCAUGUUGUCUUCAGUUGUUCUAUACCACUUUAUCUAAGUUGAUUUUCUUUUACAGGUAGAAACUGGUAUCAUUGAAGAUGCAACUUUUCUUAAUGCAGUCGUGAAGGUUUUCUGUACACACACUGCUCCAGAUUAUUCCCUCCCGUGGCAGAAGCAAAGACAAUUUGCAAGUACUGGAAGGCAUGCAAUUCCAGCUUUCUCUCAACUUUAGUACUUCCUUUAAAAGUUGUGAGAAAAAGUAAAAUUUCUUGCAAAGAGUAGUUUUCGAUUGGGCCUAAAUGCUUUGAUUCUCAUUAUAUUGCCAAUUAUACAUAGAAGACAGAAGUUGCUAGGGGAUUGGUGCAUACAAAUAUUGUGCCUAUUGAAAUAUCUACAUAUACAGAUUUGCACAUUGACUUAUAAUAUCAAAUAAUCUCAA